CUUUUAUAGAUUUAUCUACAUUCCAAACGGAUAUCGAUAAUCCACCAAGCCCGAAUCGCAGUCGUUCGCGUGAUCGUAACAAAUUUGUUGGACUCGAGCAACUAUGCCCGUUGCCAGAGUCAUUGGAGUUCGAUGUCAAAAACGUACUGGCAAUGGCAGAUAUUAAGACUCACAUCGGUUACACACGCGCUUGGGUUCGUCUAUCGCUUGAGAAAAAAUUGCUUUCGCGCCAUUUUAGAACUCUACUUUCUGAGGAGUCAUUGCUGCGUUCACUCUACAAACGCAAUGCUUUUCUGCGAUGCGAAGAGGAAAAAGAACAAUUCCUCUACCAUCUACUUACACUGAAUACAGUGGAUUAUUUCUCCUUUACUAACACGUAUCCCACUACAAAACUACCUUAUCGUGUAGUAAUAUUUCCCUCGCGUAAAUAUGGCUCCUAUCAUACCUCUAGCAAUGUUUGGAUAAUAGUGUCUGGUACAAUGAACGAGACGCAGCGUGUGCCUGUGCCUAAAGGAUCUUUGGAGUUUAUUUUUCAUUAUAAGAACCUCGGUUUAUUAACAACAAUGCGCAUUGGCCACGAUAACUCUGGGCCGUCACACAAAUGGCUAGUGGAACAUGUAGUUAUGCGUAAUGAGGCUACCAGCCACACAUAUAAAUUUCCUUGUGGUCGUUGGCUCGGCAAAGGCGUCGACGAUGAUUCUACCGAACGUUUACUCGUGGGGCAACGCGUUUCAACCAAUUCUAAGAAUACUGAGGUGCCAACUGCUACUCAGACACCACCACGCACGCGUAGUCCAAGUGUACAACGGCAGGAUACAGUGCCCACUUCGGAGUUGCAACACCAGUUGGCUAAAAUUAAAGAGCAAUUCGAGCAGUACAUGCAACACGAACAGCAACAACAAAUGCAGCAGCAGUUGGAUGACUCUGCAUCAAGUGUGGAUUCAUCAUUUAGUGAUGGUAGCGGCGCAAAUAGUUUGCAAAGGCGUGAAUUGUCGGCCAUUUGGCGUUACUAU